AUGGCCCAAAUAACAGCAAAUCAAGAACGUGAACUACGUGAUGCAUUCAAUCUAUUUGAUACUGAUCAUUCAGGUAAAAUAUCCAAACUUGAAUUAAAAAAAGUUCUUCAAGCUUUAAAUAUAAAAGCUUCGGAUGAUGAAUUACAAAAAUUAUUACAGAAAAUGGAUACUGAUAAUAGUGGUGAAAUCGAUUAUAAUGAAUUUAAAAAAGUUAUGAGCGAAUCAUUUUUUAAAAAAUAUUCUAAACAAGACCUUGAAGCUGCAUUUAAAAAAUUCGAUGCCGAUAAUAAUGGUUUUAUAACAACACAUGAACUUAGUCAUAUAUUAUCGCGAAUGGGAAGACAUAUAAGUCAAAAUGACGUUAAUGCAAUGAUCAAAUCAUUAGAUUCAAGUGGUGAUGGAAAAAUUUCACUCGAUGAAUUUUGUAAACUAUUUGAUUGA